CGGCGCCAUUUUGGCUCAAAGAAACUCAGGGUUGCACUUCUUUGCCAUGGCAUAUUUCUUAUUUAGAAAUAUAUAAUCUGACAAAUGAUUUCGUAAUGCGUGUUCUGAACGUCAACAAUUUAUUUGCUCUUUCAUUCAAACGACUAUAUACCUGAAAGAUAGAAUAUAGUUAUCUAACGUCACGCCAGGGUGCUCUUAGCUAAUUGUUGCUAACCUUUUUUUCGUGAAAGUUCGAUAUGAUUGGCUAGAAUUUCAAUCACGCAAGCAGUCCGCCAAUCAUAUUAUAUUUCAGAGUACUACCAUCCAAUCCUAACGUAGAAAGGCGGGAUUUGUAUGAAUACGGGUAGGGUAAAGGAAAUAUCGCUAAGCUAAUUUGGCAAAAACAAUGGGUGGAUGCUCUGCUCCGAAUUGCUCCAAUUCUACAACCAUCGGAAAACAACUUUUCCGUUUUCCAAAAGAUCCGAUUCGGAUGAGAAAGUGGCUGAUAAACUGUCGACGGGACUUCGUACCAACCCCCUGUUCCAGACUUUGCCAGGAUCAUUUUGAGGACAGCCAGUUUGAGGAAAUCGCCAGGUCACCAACAGGAGGAAGGAAACUGAAACCCAACGCAGUUCCCACACUGUUCAACGUCCCAAACCCGCCCUCGCCCAUCGCCCAACACACUCUCACCGCCCUCCCGCUGAAACUUGAUCUGGAGAAAGACCUGAAGUUUGGGGAUCACGGUUACGCUCGCCGGCAGCCCCGAACAGAGUUUGAGGAAGACGAGCUGCAGAGAGCCGAGGAAGAGCGGCCGUGUUCUCUGUGUCAGCACUAUAAAACCCAGCUGGAGCAGCAGCAGCAGCACACGGCCAGGCUGCAGAGAGAGGUGGAGGAGAUGAAGAAGCGCUUGCACAGGCUCAGCAGGAUGGAGAAAGGACUGCAGAUGUUCCUGUACGAAGAUCAGAUCCGAGCGCUGACCCUAACCAAGCGCUCGCGCCGCGCCGUCUGGUCCCACAACACCAUCCUGACGGCGCGGAAGAUCCGUUGCGCUGUCGGCGUGAAAGGAUACGAGCUCCUGCGAGAGCUCGGCUACCCGCUGCCCUCAUACCGGACCCUGUGUAACCGACUCGAACCCAAAGUGGUGAUGAUGAACACGAGCAUGCAGGAGGAUCUGGCAGAACUCGGGCUGGGGAUCAUCGCCGCCUGUGACAGUCCGGAUGAGAACGGGACAAGCGAUGAAGGACUGAUCGGGAUGAUGACAUAAGACUGGGCUGAAGGUGUAUGAAGAUGUUCCAGUGCAUCUGCUUAUGAUUUCUUCAAGAGGAUAAAUAACACGCUGAAGAAGGAGAGCAGGGAGAGAAUUAUUCAGUGAGGAGAAAAGGACAGAAGCGCGCUGUGGGAGGAAAAUAAUCAGUGACGUGAUGUAGGAUGGUGGGAUGCAAAGCAGGUAUUACAGGGUUACGUGGUUUUUGUUUUUCCCCAAAUAAAAUUUCACACACACAAAAUGUAUGAAAAUUUCCGAAACGUAGCUCGCACAUUACUGUAUAAAUGACACAAAACUUGAUCUUUACAGAAAACGAUGUCCUCCAGAAGACAAGAUUUAGUGAAAGAAUGGAUUAUUUUAAGGAGGUGUAACAAGAGGGAAAAGGGGAGGAAUAAUAAUAAUAGGUAAAGAAAAAAGAGAGGAAACCAGCCAUGGAGUAAUUAUGAUAACAGAAUUAUGAAUGAAUGAAUGAAUUUAUUUUUAUUUUGAACAUGUAUAAAAAAAGUGUAUGUAACUAUUUGUACAUACAAAAGAAAAAAACGAGAAAUCAAAAAAAAUAAAAUAACAUAAAGAGCUAAGACAUUACAAAACACUGCACAUUGUUCGAAAAAGGAGUGGGAAGAAGUACAAUACUUUUUUAAUUUCCCACCCCUUUUUAACUACCCCGAAAUCCAAACUACAUUAAUACACCUAUAAAAAUAUAUACC